CCAGGUAGAUUGUUAUACAUGAACACCGUGUACAUGCAUGUACCUAAGGCUUCGCUGAUUUGGGAGCUUUUUACAUUGUGUUACCUACAACCCCUCCCUCCCUUGUCCUCUUCGUUUCGCUCCAUUCAUCAUUCUACCCUUUUUUCCCACUAAUUUGUAAUUCGGUCCCCAUUCACCGAAAAAAGGUAGCGAAUAGAUUUAUUCAUAUUACCUGCUGUGUUGGUUUUACGAACAAUCUUCCAUUGACAACUCACAGAGCCCAAUGCGCCACACUCGUGGUGAAAUGCAAUUUUACACAAGGCACCUAGCCUAAAUCUAUAUGGACCUGGGUAAGAUUGUAAGAUCCAAGAGGGGGAGGGGAGGGGAGGGACGGGUACGGGUACGGGUAUGGGUAUGGGUAUGGGUAUGGGUAUGGGGACGGGUACGGGGGUGCUUAACCAAUUGAACAACCAACCAACCAAUUCUGUAUCUUAUCGGUUAGAUCUUUUUUGUUUGUUUGAAAAUCACCGCUCCGGACCUCCUCCGAGCUGCUUACGUCCUCACUCUAUGUCUACCUGACCUAAUAAGGCUCUCUCAAGCAAGCCUCACCCGUGAUAGGAAACUAACCUAAUAGGUACCUCCCGUUUUCAAGACCCCCCUUGUUGAAGCCGUAUAAGGACAGGGAGAGGAAAAACAGAACAGGAAAAAUGGCGGAAUCUGAUCUUCCUAGCCCACCCUUUGUGCACAUCGCCGGGCUGCCCAAUUUCCGCGACGUUGGCGGUUACCCCGUGAGCGACACCAAGGUUGUGCGCCGCGGCUUAGUCUUCCGCUCCUCGGAGCCGUCCAAGGUCACCGACGACGGGGUGUCGAAGCUGCAGGAGCUGGGUAUCACGAAGGUGUUCGACCUGCGCUCAGCAGUCGAGAUCGAGAAGGGCCUGCGCGACGGCUUCGGCUGGAGCAUCAAGGAGUGGGACGGCGCGAGCCGCCACUUCGUUCCCGUCUUCUUAGACCUGGACUACUCGCCCGAAUCCCUGGCUCUGAGGUACAAGAACUAUGCCUCGGAGCAUGCAGAGGGUUUCGUAGCAGCGUAUAGCGACAUACUCGCUGCGGCGGCUUCGCCAAGUAACAACUACGCGCCGUUUAGGACGAUACUAGAGCAUUUAGCCUCGCCUACAUCCUCUCCACCGGCCCCCUGCCUUCUUCACUGCACAGCCGGUAAAGAUCGCACCGGAGUCAUAUGCGGGCUGAUCUUGAGCCUAUGCGGUGUACCCGAUGAAGUCGUAGCGCAUGAGUACAGCUUGACGGACUUGGGGCUCAAGUCGCGUCACGAGGAGCUCAUUGCGCAUUUGAUGGACAACCCGUCGCUACGGGACCAGCCAGAAGCCGCUAGGAGGAUGAUUUCAUCCCAGAAAGAGGCCAUGCUGGGCACAUUAGCCAAGAUCCGCAAUACCUAUGGAUCAGUGGAAAAGUGUGUCGUCGACCUGGGACUACUGUCACCUAACGGGAUUCAGCAACUUCGAAACAACCUGAUUGUCGACGUGGACGAAAAAGGAGUAGUACCAUGGCAAGAACAUGCCAAACUGUUGUUAUAACUCGCGGGGUAUAUACAAGUAUUUGGAUAUUAUGUAUACAGAAAGAUGGCUGCCGGGUUUGGCCUGCGCCUCAUAGACUGACAUCACUCAUUAGACCCUCAAGAUGUCCGCCCACCCAUGCAUCUUUUAGAUUUAGAUAUUUAUACAUUUCUUG